AUGUACAAGGAACGACAGGAGGCAGGACUCGAUGCUGGCAUCGAAACUUACCGAAACUAUGAAUUCGAGCAUAUAGGCCUUCAGUUCAGAAGACCUGACCUAGACAACGAUAAGGGUCUAUUCCCUGAAUUCAACGUUCCCAUCAGCUCCGGAUAUGUUUUCGGUCCCGUCAAUCUUCCGGGUUUUUCAGAUUCGUGGAACCCACUUCAAAUAGAACAUCCACCAAUUCACGAGUCGAGAACUUAUCCGUCCUCCGAUGUCUAUCCCCUCAUAAAACGACCGAAUACGUGGCCUCGUGUAUACUCGGAUUCGGGGUAUGGGAGUCAAUACAACGGAGACACACGGUCAUCGAUGAGUCUCCCGAGUAGUUUAGAUACAAGGACUGAGGUAUCACCUGAUGACUGCCAUACAUAUAUCAAGAGCGUGACGGAACCAAGGCAACCUAGGACAGAAUCAAUCGAGGAGAAUCAGCUGAGAUGCACUCAAUGCCCUUGGACAGGAAAGCUUCCAUCCGAAAUGAGGAAACACCUCGCACGACAUCGAAAAAGCCAUUUAUGCGAAGAAAAUCACUGCGGUAGAAGAUUCGGUAGCUUGAACGAUCUCGAAAGACACCGAAAGUCGGUUCACAAUAAAAGCCCUCAAUGUGGACCAAAGGAAAUGUACAAGUGUUUUGGUCGGAAUUGUAGGCAUCCUGAGAAAGAGUGGCCGCGACUGGAUAAUUUCAAAGCCCAUCUUCGACGCCAGCAUGAUGAUCAAAAUGUAGAAGACUUGGUCUCACAGUCACGAUUGUGGUAUGAAAAGCGAAAGAUUGAAGAAGAAGAGAAAAAGGAGAAAUUGAUUACGGAAGGUCCAGCCUCAGGCAUCGAAGUGACUCCAAGGAAGGAGGCAACUCAAUCUAACGUCGACACUUUGAAAACUCCCAGUCCUCUUGAUAACGACGAUAGUCUCAAGACUAUCACACCAUUUAAGAUGUUACUGAGCUCGGGUCCUCAUAAUUCGGGAGAUUACUUCGAUGGUAGGCUAAAAGAUUUGACACUCAAUCCAAUCGGGCAUUCACAAAGCUUCCCUGGGAAUAUUUCUCCUGAAAACCUACAAACGCCGAAUGACUCCUUCCCCAGUACACUUAAAACAGGCAGCUCAUCACCUGUUCAGGCUGAUAUGAAACUGCCAAGCUUGCCUGAUGUACUGGGAGAUAUUAGCUCGCAAGGACGCAAUGAUCUGGUAUUUAGAAAGAGACCAGAGAGUACCCCUGAGAAACGCACUUUACCAGGUGUGGAAUCCUUUGAUCCUGGAGUAAUGUCUGAGAAGGCUUUUGCUAUAGCAGCCAAGUUGCAAAAUGAGAUGCAUUGUCUCUCUCAUGAAGAAAGAAAGGUAAUAGCGUCAAUCAUAAAUUUAGAAAAGACGCAAGAGAGGUCAAAAGAGGAGGACAGUUUUAGCAAAAGAGUUGACACACGUGAAGAACCGAGUCAAAGCGCAAAAGUAGUCUCCAAGAAAGAGGGUUUUACGUGCCAAACGUGCCAGAAGUCUUUCAGUCGACCGUCUACACUAAGAAAGCACCAAAAGAGACAUGAAAAGCCUUAUGGAUGCACAUUUACGGGAUGUUAUAGCAGUUUUGGCAGUAAAUCCGACUGGAAACGACAUGAGAGCAUGCAGCACUGCCACACGCAAUCCUUCCGCUGUUCCUUGCCUCGUGACAAACACGACGAAUGUGCGAGGGUAUUUCUUCGUGAACAAGAAUUUCUCAAACAUUUGGAUAUCGUCCACCAUGGUCCUGGGCGUAUGAAGAAACUACAACAGCUUGCUGAUGGCCGUAUCGGAGCCAACGACGCGGAAUCAAAGUUCACUUACUGGUGUGGAUUCUGUAAAGUGAUCAAAAUCGUGGAGAAGACCGGGGUAGAAGCUCUAAAAGAGCGUUUCGACCACAUAGAUUCACAUUUUCAGAAAGGGGGAAAUAUCAAGAGAUGGGUUCCAGCCAAGGGCCACACCGAAAAAGGGGCUCAAAAGAAGCGGGAUAAGAGUCGAACGAAAGAAAGCAAAAGGACAAUUACAAAUCUAGAAGAGGAUUCUCAGCGGCUCUAUGAUAAUGGACACGAUGAUUGGGAGCUCAGCACCUACGAACAAUGUCCGUCCAGCGAAGACGAGACUUUUACCGAGGUUGAGCCACGUGCUGAGAGCUAUAGUAUCAAGAAUAAAUUCCAGAAAAGCGAGUCUAACCAGACAGCCAAGGAGUUAAGAAUCGUACACUGCGUGAGUGAUGAUCAGCUAUAAUUCCUCCCUCUUUUCGUAUGUAUGACAGCUCGCUGAUUGGCCGCAGUGCCAGUGUUUGGAUGGACCUCAGAUGUUCAUUAGCGAAAGCUGCCAGGGCUGUCAACAUCAUUUCUGCCCUGAAUGCCGUCUUUAGAUCUCGAGGUAAUGUUUCUCCUCCAGCUCAUAGCAUCGGAGCGGAGAGUAGAGUCAAAAGUUUGGUCUACCGAACAGUGAGGUGUCGAUAUAACUUUAUCAUCCAUGGACGUAUAUAAAAUAACAUUCAAGAUCUCCGAAGCCCUGUACUAGUUACACGACAACGGUGCUGGCUGAGACAACCACAUUUAUAAAAGCAUCCGAAUUCUUACAUUUUAAAAUAUAGAUGCAUUCCAAGGUUCCUACAUGAAAGAGGCUCCCGUCCAAAUUGUGGCCAUCAGAAAUAUGAAUUAUAUCCUGACUUUUACCUCACGAGCUGAAAAUCAAAUCCUAAAGCCUUCGAAAAGGGCUGCC